CGCGAGAACGGCGUGAGGCGGCGACGGCGGCCAUGGCGGACGGGGCCGGUAGCAACGGGGACGCUGCGGGGCCGCUGGUGGGCAAAGAGGCGGUGGAGCGGCUGAUCCGGGAGAACGGACACAUUUUCACCGAGGCGCAGUGCAAGGUGUGCAGCGCCCUGCUCAUCUCCGAGUCCCAGCGGCUGGCUCACUAUCAGAGCAAGAAACACGCCAACAAGGUGAGACGCUACCUGUCCAUCCACGGCGGGGAGGAGGGUGCCCACGGGAAGAAGAUGAAGCUGGAGGUGAAGCAGGACAGCAAGCAGGAAGGCAGCAAUGGGGAGGACAGGAACAAGUGUUGUCCCAUCUGCAACAUGACCUUCUCCUCCCCGGCCGUGGCAACUUCUCACUACCUGGGCAAGACUCAUGCCAAGAACAUGAAGCAGCAGGCCCCCAAAGCAGAAGAAACGGUGCCCCCACAGAAACACCCUGCUGCCCUCCCCACCUCUACUGCAUCCUCUAAUGAAGAGAACAAGGACAUUACUGACCCGGACAAGUUCUGUAGCCUCUGCCAUGCCACUUUCAACAACCCCCUUAUGGCAAAACAGCACUAUGUAGGCAAGAAGCACAGAAAGCAGGAGACCAAACACAAGCUGAUGGCACACUAUGGGCGAACCCCUGAUGCACCAGCAUCAUCCUUCAUGGCUGGGAAGGGCUACCCCUGCAACACAUGUAACAUAGUGCUGAACUCCAUAGAGCAGUACCAAGCUCACAUCAGCGGCUUCAAACACAAGAAUCAGAUGCCAGGAGCAGUGCCGGUUGUCGGACCGUUCCCGCCACAACAGUAUGUCCGGGAAGAGUCAACUGGCCCAGGAGGCUACAGUUACUUCAGCCAAGACCUCUAGAGCAAGUUGCAGCACUAUUCUUGGAGUUGUUGGUGGCCCCAGAACGCACAUCCUUUGCCAGCCCACAAUGGUUUCAUUAUCCCUCUGGAUAAGCAAAGCCCUACCCUCCUGUAUACACCCGUUGAGCAGAACGGGGACUGAAUCUGUCAGGAAAAGGAUCCAGCUGGAAGAGACUUGCUAGAGAGCAAAUACUUCACUCCCUUAGAGUA